CAUUUUUUUUUUAGGUAGAAGUUCGCUCACUCCAGUGUCACAGUUUCAAAUUAUUCAUAUUCAAUAAUAAACAUUUACAUUUUUAAUUCUAAUGGCUAACAUAGUGGACCUUAUAGAUUCAAAACCACUAUUUAAUGGAUAUCUUUCUGGAAAAUACAAAAAAAGCUUUGCUUAUACAACAAUAAAGGAUCGUUUACCUGUGAUCAUUACACGUAUUAUCGAUAAUUUAAGCCAAUGCAAAGAUUUAAUAAUUAAAAAAUAUGGUUCAGACGCUUCUGAAGAGUUGAAACAAAUAAUAGGAAGUCUAAGUGAAUUAAAAAGUGAGUUGAUGACUAAUAAACCAUUAAAAUUUUUCAAUUCGUCGUCCAAUGAGGAAGAUGAUGUUUUAAAAUGGAAUGAGUGUAUCAAAGGUAAACAAUCUAAAGAUGGAAAUGAGCCAACAUGGUACCAUACUGUAUGGUUACUGAGUGAAUGCUAUAUGUAUCGUCGAAUAGCACAAAUUUUAGCAUCAACAACAACAUUAUCAACUUAUGAUCCGUUUGAAAAACAAAAACAAGACAAUUUUACUGCGUCCAUGGAAAUGAUUUUAGUGUUGACACGUUAUACUACAAACAUUUUGAGUAAAUCGAAAUUUCAUUCACUGAAUGAUAAAAAGGAUGGACUCUUUUAUCUGUUAAAAUCAUGUCUUUGGGGGAAUAAAUGUGAUCUAUCUCUAAGCAAAGGUAUGCCGUUGAAAUUUGAAGAUAUAAUUAAACAAACAAAUAUGAAUGAAGAAAAUAUUUUAAUUGAUGAAAGUCCUUUAGUGUGGGAUAUUUUAAAUCAAUUUCAAGAAAAUAUGACAAACAAUAUCAUAGAUAUUGUAUUAGAUAAUGCAGGAUAUGAACUUUUUUCUGAUUUUUGUAUUGCUGCAUUUUUGAUCGAAUAUAACUUUACUAAAAAAGUUAGGUUCUAUGUCAAACGGAUUCCUUGGUUUGUUAGCGAUGUGACUGGACAAGAUUUUUUUUGGUCGAUUAACGCUAUGAAAAAUUCAACUCAUACUGAUUUAAUGAAAUUGGGUCAUCUGUAUUCGUCUUAUUUAGAAGAUGGUAAAUGGACUGUUGAAAUUGAAUCUUUUUGGACGGAACCAUAUGAUUUUUCGGAAAUGAAAAUCCAGUCACCGAAAUUGUAUGAAAAAUUAUCUGAAGCUACCUUAGUUAUGUUUAAAGGAGAUUUGAAUUAUCGAAAACUAUUGGGAGAUAUUAACUGGGACUAUACGACUGAUUUAAAAACAGCAUUGCGAGGAUUCCAACCAACCAAUAUAGUCACGCUAAGAACAAUAAAAGCUGACUUGAUUGUUGGAUUAUCUCAUGAAAAAGUUGAUAAACUAUUCAGUAAACAAGAAGAUUGGAUGAUUACAGGCCAGUAUGGUCUAAUCCAUGUUCUUCUUGACGAUAAUGAGUUGCGAAACAAUUCCAAAUAAUAUUUUCUAAUACUAUUCAGAUGCCAAAUUGAUAAUUUUGCAAUUUAUUAUCCAAUAGAAUUUUUCAAAAAAAUUCAAUUGUAGACAAUUUAUACUUUUUCCAUCUUAUAGGCAUGACAUCAAUAGAAAUAGAAAAACUUCUGAUCUUACUCUAUGUGAAAUCAUAUUUAUUUCAUUAACUUUAAUAAUACAAUCACUAAAAAAUAUGAAAU